AAGAAGUUAGUAGGAGAAUAACAACACAAACAACAAAUUCAAUCUGCUUAACCCGAGGCAACAGACAGAGAGAGAGAGAGAGAGAGAGAGAGAGAGAGAUCUGUGCCUCACCCUUGGAACGUUUCCUUUGGCCCCUUCCCCUCUUCUCUCGAUACCCACAAAACCCUUUGGAGUCUGGACUCUCUCCCCCCACCCCCCACUGCAGUCACAAGUCAAAUCCCUCAGCCAUUCUCUCUCUCUCUCUCUCUCUCUCUCUCAUGCACACAAGUGAGUUACAUUUAUUCUGCAUCUACUCUCAAGCUCAAAUCCAAAGCUAAAAGGCGAAAACUAAACAAAAUAGUGGUAGCAGGAACGUGGUGAUUGAGGAAAUAUAUUCAAGUAAUGGCGGAAGAGAGAGAAAAGAAGGUUCAGGUGAAGGUGAAGUUCUGCAUAAACGACCACCCAGACAUACUGGUGGAGAUACUGAAGCGGCUGGACGGCCGUUCUCUCGGGGUGGUUGCGUGUGUGUGCCGCCAGUGGCGCUCCCUCACUUGCCACGACUGGCUAUGGGAAAACAUCUGCUUCCGCUACGUCUCCCCUCCACCUUGCGACGUGAGGCCCGUUGUGGUGGCUCUCGGUGGGUAUCGCCGCCUCUACAUGGUCUGCCUCCGCCCUCUCCUCACUCGCCUCUCCUCCUCCAGGUUGAGUCUGGGUGGCGGCGGCUGCGGCCGGGUCUGGACUAGGGACGAGGUGCAGCUAUCCCUCUCCCUCUUCUCAAUCGAUUACUAUGAGAGGUUGGUCUUGGGCAGUACUGUUGAAGACGAAGCCUCCUCCUCCAGCUCCGCCACUCCUUCUUCCACGUCUACUUCCUCCCUUAUGUUCCUCUGUAAAGCGGUGAACGUGUGAUGUUUCUCUCCCCUUCAUGGAAACAGGAAGAAUAAGCGAAGGCUUUCAGUAGUCUCUCUCUCUCUCUCUCUCUCUCUCUCUUUCUAUAUGCAUACUUUUAUAGAAUUAGAAGCUGAAAAUGGAAUAAAAGAAGGUAUGUAACUACAUUGCUUAUGUUCUACAUUUACAGUAGAAGACUCAUGAUCAGUGCUUGACUUAUCAUGUACUUUCUUUCCCUUUCCUUCAUAGCUUCACUCCUCCUCCAUAGUUCAAUAUGCCUAAAGUUACAGGCACAACAAUUAGUUCUUAUUUAUUAUUAUUAUUAAUUUCUUUUUUCUUUCCUUGUUCUGGCUCA